AUGGCGGGCGCAGCGGCGGGUCGGGGCGACUGGGAGGACCUGGUGCGCCGGAUGUUCCCGCCGGGGACCACCAUCCCGGAGGCGCCGCCGAACCUCGACUACUCCAUCGCGCUGGAGUACGACGGGCCGGACGUCUCGUACGAGCUCCCGCGGAUCGACCCCGUCUGUCUCCCCGCCAUACCCACCGCCGAGCCGGUCUCGGGGCCGCUGGGGCUCGGCCUCGGCAGCAGCGGCGUCGUGCUCGUCGCGCCCGUCAUCGGCCCCGCUGCGGCCCGUGCCCGUGCCCAUGCCAACCCGCCGGCGCCGGGGGCGUCACGGCCUGGUGGUGCUGCUGCUCACCGUGCCGCGGCGCCGCCUGCGCGGGCGAGGAGGGGAAGCUCGCCAUCUGCCGGUUCGGCGGCGGCGGCGCGGGAUGAGGACGGCUGCUCCGAUGCUGACGAUGAGGACGAGGACGGCUCCCGCCCGCCGCGGAGUUCCAGGCCUGCUGCGCCGGAGGGAAGGCGGCCUCAGGUGGUCACCUUUGGGGAGCCGGAGGAUAGCAGGUACGAGAGCCAGGACUUCGACGCGGCGUCCGCCGAACAACAGUACGUCGCGGUGACGAGGCCCGCGGUCGAGAGGAAGGGGAGGAGGACCUGCUGCCACCGGUGCGGGAAGAGCAAGUGGGAGAGCAAGGAGUCGUGCAUCGUCUGCGACGCGCGCUACUGCGGCCACUGCCUGCUCCGCGCCAUGGGGUCCAUGCCCGAGGGCCGCAAGUGCGUCACCUGCAUUGGCCGGCCCAUCGACGAAGCCAAGCGCUCCAAGCUCGGCAAGGGCUCCAGGGUACUGGCGCGCCUGCUCAGCCCCCUGGAGGUCAGGCAGAUCCUCAAGGUCGAGAAGGAGUGCCAGGCGAACCAGCUCCGGCCUGAGCAGCUCGUGGUCAAUGGUUUCCCUCUUCAUGAUGAGGAGAUGGCGGAUUUGCUUAGCUGCCAACGGCCUCCUGGGAAUCUCAAGCCUGGAAGAUACUGGUAUGAUAAGGAGUCAGGAUUGUGGGGAAAGGAAGGUGAAAAGCCAGACAGGAUUAUUAGCACUAACCUCAACUUUAAUGGAAAGCUUCAGCCUGAUGCUAGUAACGGCACCGCUCAGGUUUUCAUUAACGGACGGGAAAUUACAAAGAUUGAACUGAGAAUUCUAAAGUUUGCAAAAGUCCAAUGCCCCCGUGAUACUCACUUUUGGGUUUACCAUGAUGGCCGCUACGAGGAAGAAGGACAAAACAAUAUCAAAGGGAAAAUAUGGGAGUCACCUUUGACACGUUUUGCGUGCGCCUUGGUUUCACUACCUGUGCCUCCUACAAACUUUGAUGCGACAAAAGAUGAAGCCCCAUAUUCAUCGAGAACUGUACCUGACUACUUAGAUCACAAAAGAAUACAAAAGCUUCUUAUUCUUGGAUCACCUGGAGCUGGAACAAGCACCAUAUUUAAGCAGGCUAAGUUGUUAUACGGCAAUAGAUUUACUGAUGAGGAACUUGAGAAUAUCAAAUUAAUGAUCCAAAGCAACAUGUUUAAGUACCUGGGGAUUCUGCUUGAGGGCCGUGAGCGCUUCGAGGAAGAGACUUUGGCUGUAUCAAAUCACCCAAGCUCAGAGGGUGAUGAUCCUCAGCAAGAUGAAAUUAAAUCUUCAAGUUCUAAUUCUUGCAUCUACUCGAUAAAUGCAAAGCUGAAGAAGUUUUCUGAUUGGCUUCUGGACAUCAUUGCAACGGGAGACCUAGAUGCAUUCUUUCCUGCAGCUACCCGUGAAUAUGCUCCAGUCGUUGAUGAGUUGUGGAAAGAUCCUGCCAUUCAAGCAACAUAUAAAAGAAAGGAUGAAUUGCAUUUUCUCCCUGAUGCUGCUGAGUAUUUCUUGAGCAGGGCUAUUGAAGUAUCAAGUAAUGAAUACGAACCGUCAGACAAAGAUGUAAUAUACGCCGAAGGAGUAACACAAGGGAAUGGAUUGGCCUUCAUUGAUUUCACUUUGGAUGACCGGAGCCCUAUGUCAGAACCCUUCGGUGACAAUCACGAUGCAUACUCUCAACCAGUAAACAAAUACCAGCUGAUUAGAGUAAGCGCCAAGGGCAUGAACGAGGGCUGCAAGUGGGUGGAAAUGUUUGAGGAUGUUAGCAUGGUGAUCUUCUCCGUAGCGCUCAGCGAUUAUGACGAGCUUGGAGCACCAGCGAGCGGCAGUAGUAGGACACUCAUGAAUAAGAUGAUUCAAAGCAGGGACUUGUUUGAAGCUACAAUCAGACAGCCGUGCUUCCGUGACACGCCGUUCGUGCUGGUGCUGAACAAGUACGACCUGUUCGAGGAGAAGAUCGGUCGGUCGCCGCUGUCGUCGUGCGAGUGGUUCAGCGACUUCUGCCCGCUUCGGACGCACCACAACAACCAGUCGCUGGCGCAGCAGGCGUUCUACUACGUGGCCAUGAGGUUCAAGGACCUGUACGCGGCGAGCACGGGGCGGAAGCUGUUCGUGUGGCAGGCGCGUGCCCGCGACCGCCCCACCGUCGACGAGGCCUUCCGCUACAUCCGGGAGGUGCUCCGAUGGGAGGACGAGCGCGACGCCGCCGGCUACUGCCCCGAGGAGUCCUUCUACAGCACUACCGAGCUCAGCUCGUCCCGCCUCAUCGCCGCCGCAGAGUGA